AUGGUCUGCUCGUUACAACAGAGUGAAGCCGCGGCCGAAGAGUAUAAAAAUAUCCCGGUGUUUCAGCUCCAUGCCAAUAUCAACUGGGCGCCGCGCACUUGUCUCGCGGGCCGGACAGAGAUGCAGAGUGGAAAGUGCGCCGUGUGUCUGGCCGAGGCGGCGCUCCAGUGUGCCGGAUGCAGGAGCGUCUUUUACUGUGGCAAAGGUCACCAGAAGAGCCACUGGAGCGGCCACAAGGCCCAGUGCAGGCCGGUCAUUGUGCAGGAGCACCCGGUGCUCGGCAGACACCUCGUCGCCACCCGGGACAUCAAGCAGGGCGAGCUCAUCAUCAGAGAAGCGCCUCUGCUCCUUGGACCGAAAAUCGCUAGCACGCCAAUUUGUCUGGGAUGCAACCAAGAGGCGGACUUGAAUUGUCCAUGUCCUGGCUGCGGAUGGCCCAUGUGCAGUCUCGACUGCUCCUCGGCCCUGGCACAUCAGGGCGAAUGCCAUUUGAUGCAGACCAAAGAGUUCAGGGCAAAAAUCAGCGAAGCCCACCGUCCCCUACCCGAUUACGCGUUCAUCACUCCUCUCAGGGCGCUGCUUUUGCCACCAAACAAACUGGCCACCCUCAGGUCCCUCCAGUCACAUUUGGAGACGAGAAAAAAGACGCCGCUUUACAAUUUAUUGAAGUACAAUGUUGUCAGUUUCAUCAAGGACAGACUCGGCCUCAAUUUUUCCGAGGAUGAAAUUCUGGAGGCCUGUGCGAUAUUGGACACAAACGCCUUCGAAAUGCGUUGCGGGAAGAUGCGAUUCCGCGGCAUUUUCCCGCAAGUGGCCAUGAUGGCCCACGACUGUAUUCCCAACACACGACACUUGUUUGACUCGAACAACACUCUGGAAUUAUUCGCCACCGUGAACAUAAAAAAGGACCAGAGUGUCACAGCCACUUACACGCAACCCUUUUGGGGCACGUUGGCUCGGAGGGCGCACCUCAGAUCGGCCAAGUGCUUUGAUUGCGCCUGCCAAAGGUGCGCCGACCCCGAGGAAUUGGAGACCUACCUUGGUGCGAUUCGAUGCUCUGAAUGCGAUGAGGGAAUGGUAAUAUCUGAAUCCCCUCUGGAAGAUAUGGCUUCGUGGACUUGUAAAUUAUGUGGCUGUGAACUACCGGCCGAACAAAUUUAUUGGCUCAACCAAAGUAUUACAAAAGAAAUUGAGUUGUUGGACAAAAGUGGUCCAGACCAACUGGAAAUGUUCCUUGAAAAGUACCAGGAGAUUUUGCACACAUCCAAUGGACAUGUGUUGCAAGUCAAACUGGCGCUGGUCCAAAUUUACGGAAACAAGCGUUCGGAAGAUAUGAGUGAAGAACAGCAAGUUCGGAAAAUCAGUUUGGCGGAGGAGUUGUUGCAAGUCUUGGCCAUAUUAGAGCCAGGGAUAACCAGGACCCGAGCGCAGCUGCAGAUGGAAUUGCAGCCCGUCAAAGUGCUGAGGGCCAAAGCCGACUUUGAAGCUGGGAACUUGAGCAAAGAACAGACAGAAUCAACAAUAAAUACGGCCAUUCAAGAAUUACAAAUCGCCGCAGAUGUGUUGAAGACUGAACCAGAGUUGACCGUGAAAUCUCUUGAAAAACUUCAGUUUGUUUCAUCCUUGAAAAGUUUGUUAGGAUAAUUUAUAAAAGAAGGUUGAUAACCUGAUGUAGUUUUUCAUUUAUAAAAUUAUUAGAAAAAUAAAGUAAUAGAACAGAUUAAUAUUGACUAAUAUAAACAUGAAAUAAGAACAAAGAAAAAACUAAAAAAUAAUC